AUGGAAGCGCCCAUCCAUGAGGAUAAUGCUUCUUACAGAAGUUUGAGCCAUCGUGAUUAUACAAUAGCAUGGAUCUCGGCUCUCCCCACGGAAAUGGCGGUCGCUGAAGCGAUGUUAGAUGAGAGAUAUCCGGAUCUGCAAACCCCGCCAAAUGAUGAUAAUACCUACAUUUUUGGUCGAAUGCAUAGCCAUAAUAUAAUAAUCGCAUGCCUCCCAGCAGGUGUCUAUGGAACAACCUCGGCUGCCACAGUAGCAAGUCAGAUACGGACAACGUUCCCGUCGUUACGGUUUGGCUUAAUGGUUGGUAUUGGUGGAGGGGUGGCUAGCGAAGAUGCUGAUAUUCGACUUGGUGAUGUUGUCGUGAGUAAACCAACAGGCACCUUUGGCGGGGUUAUACAGUACGAUUAUGGCAAAGCCCUACAUGAUGGGUGCUUCGAGAGAAUUGGAAUGCUUAACAAGCCACCGCUAGUACUCUUGACAGCGGUGUCUACACUGCAAGCAGCGCACAUGUUAAGGCCAAGCCGAAUCCCAGAACUCAUUUCCGAAAUGGUAAUGAAAUACCCCAUCAUGAAAGACAAGUUCACGUAUCCCUCUGAUGCCCAGGACAUGUUGUUUGAUCCCAAAUCUGACCAUGCCGACUCUGGAAAUACGUGCGCCAAUUGUGAUACAAGUCGUCAAGUGAAACGGGUUACUCGACACAGUCACGAUCCUGCUAUUCAUUACGGGCUUAUUGCAUCUGGAAACCAGGUUAUGAAAGAUGGCCAGCUACGGGAUAGCCUAGCCCAGAAACUCGGAGUCCUCUGCUUUGAGAUGGAGGCAGCAGGGUUGAUGGAGAAUUUUCCGUGUUUGGUGAUUCGGGGGAUCUGUGAUUAUGCAGAUUCGCAUAAAAACAAGCAGUGGCAACCAUACGCUGCUGCAACGGCUGCUGCAUAUGCUAAAGAGCUUCUCUCUAUCAUCCAUGUGAAGCAAUUAGUAGACACGCCAACCGCUUGGAUGACUGAUUCAUUCUAUUACAGGGGAGAAGUCUCAGCCGGAGCAAAGUUUGCAAGAAGCGGUCCAAUUCAGAGAAGACAUGCCCAGGAUUAUGAGAGGCUCUUCGAAAAAAUUUCAAAUUAUGAUCAUGAGAAGGUUCACCGAAGACUUUCUCAUAAGCGCCUCACGGGCACUACACAGUGGUUCUUAGACCACCCAGAUUUCGAAGCAUGGUUCACAGAGAAGAGCAUCUCCUAUUUGUGGUGCUCAGGCAAAAUUGGCUCAGGCAAAACAAUGAUUGCAACUGCUGUAGUGGAUGCCGCCAAGUAUCGCAACUCUGAGCUGCCAACUGCAACGGUGUUCUUUUACUGCCAGAACGAACAGGAUGAGUCUCUGCAGGCUCCAGCCAUCCUUUCUAGCUUCAUCAAACAACUGUGUGAAUUUAUGCGGCGGACUUCUAAUUCGUUUCCAGAAGGGGCUCUACAAGAACUUCAAAAAUUCUUUGGGAAUGACCGGAUAGUGCCAGAUUUUGAAGAUCUGAAAGAUCUCUUCAUGCACAUUUUCUAUCAAGUGCCUAAUACUAUAUAUGUCGUCGAUGGGAUUGAUAUGCUUGAUCGAAACAACAGCAAACGCUUACUCAAACUAAUCCAAUCGAUCUUCUGUGGCCGUAAAUCACUGGAAGGGUCUCGAAUAUUGCUCUUAAGCAGGGAUCACAUCGAAGGCUACAUAAAUAUUUCAACAUUUAUGCCAGGAAUCCGACAGAUCUCGACUUCAACCAACAUCUUGGCAGAUAUUAAACAUUUUAUUGAUAUGAGCAUUGUUGACAAAACAAUGGAUAGAAAACUUACCGAUGAUCAUCUGCUGCUGGAGGAACUAAAGAGCACGCUUCUGGCAGAAUCGACAGGCAUGUUUCUCUGGGUGUAUCUUCAAUUGGAGAUCAUAUGGAGCACAUGCUUCACAGACGCAGAGAUUCGAUUAGCAUUGAGUCAGCUGCCAAAGGAUCUAGAGGAGACAUAUCAGUAUUGCAUUCAGAGGAUAAACCUCCAAGACAACAGGACUGUGAAGGUCCUGAAAUGGGUUAGAUUUGCCGCCAGGCCACUUCAUAUCGAGGAGCUAAAAGAAGCAGUCGCAUUUGAUAUUCUGGACUCUGCGUGGAACCCUGAAAGAGUACCACAGCAGGACUUUAUUAUCGGCUGCUGUGCGAACCUUGUGGUUUUAGAUCCAAUGGAUCACUGCGUUCGCUUUGCACAUUCAUCCGUGAAACAAUACCUCACGAAGCAUCGAGGAGAGUUUCUUCCAAAUUAUCCAAUUAGCGAAGACCAUGGUGAACUUGAGUGCGGAGAGUUCUGUAUUGCUUAUCUCUCAUUCUCAGAUUUCAGUAUGUCGGUGGAGAAGUAUGGGCAUCAGCAGAUAAGUGCUGUGGUGCCAAAGCCGGCUUUUCUUGUGGGUGAAGCUGUGGGACCUACGCUCAGUCGCUUGUUUCGAAUUCCAAAACAGAAUAAGGGUACCAUUACUCUAUCAUUUCCCAGUAUACGUACAGCUUCAACGCCUACACGCAGCCAAUUUAUGUUCCUCAAUUAUGCUAUCAUGUAUUGGGCGCUGCAGACAAGACACAUAAAGCAGUCUUCCCCAGUCUGGGACAAGUUUGAGCAGCUCGCCACACACCCCAACGAAACCUGGAAGUUCCAUCCGUGGGUUAUGACUGGUCCGUCAAUUCAUUCUCGACUACAUGGUCUUCUUGGAUGGGCCGUAAAAGAGCGGCAUGAACCGCUUCUUUCCAUUGCCCUGGAUUCCGGAAAAUAUAUACGGCAAGUGUGCAAUCUUCCACUUGUUGAGGAGAGACUCCCACCGCUCCAUCUCGCGUCCAAGCUGGGCUACUAUGAUAUAGUUAAAAGUCUGCUAGGCAUCUGUCAUGUCAACUCGUUGGAUGUAGAAGAUUGUACCGCUUUGCAUCAUGCAUCUAGCAGGGGCCAUAUCGAUAUUUCAGGAGUCACACCACUUUGGUUUGCUUCCGCCAAUGGACACGACAAUGUUGUAUCCCUUCUUAUCGAGAACAAAGCCGAUAUUGAGACAACAGAUAAUCAACAUGAUCAAACACCUCUUUUGCAAGCUGCACUGAAAGGACAUGACAGCGUUGUAUCCAUUCUUAUCAAGAACAAAGCCAAUCUUGAGGCAAGAAAUAAUCCACAUGAUCAAACACCUCUUUUGAAUGCUGCAGAGAAGGGACAUGACAAUGUUGUGUCUCUUCUUAUCAAGAACCAGGCCAACAUUGAGGCAACAGAUACUCUAAUUGGUCAAACACCUCUCUUGAAAGCUAUAGAAAAUGGACAUGACAAUAUCGUGUCUCUUCUCAUCAAGAACAAGGCCAAUAUUGAGGCAAGAGAUAAUUUACAUGAUCAAACUCCCCUCUUACAAGCUGCAGAGAAGGGACAUGACAACAUUGUAUCUCUUCUUCUCAAGAACAAAGCCAAUAUUGAGGCAUGCAAUCCACGUGGUCAAACACCUCUCGGUCAAGCUGCAGAGAACGGACAUUAUUCAACCGUUGAACUUCUGGUCAGGAAUGGCGCCAACAUUGAAGCAAAAACUGGUCUAUAUAGCCAAACACCUCUCUGUCAAGCUACAGAGAAGGGACAUUAUUCGGUCGUUGAGUUUCUCGUCAGGAAUGGUGCCAAUAUUGAAGAAAGAGAUAUUCAAUAUGGUCAAACACCUCUCUGUCAGGCUGCAGAGAAGGGACAUUAUUCGGUCGUUGAGUUUCUCACCAGGAAUGGUGCCAAAAUUGAGGCAAGAGAUAUUCGACGUGGCCAAACACCUCUCUGUAAAGCUGCAGAGAAUGAUCAUUAUUCGGUCGUUGAGUUUCUGGUCAGAAAUGGUGCCAGCAUCGAAGCACGAGAUGAUCUAUAUGGUCAAACGCCUCUCUGUCAAGCUGCAAAGAAGGGACAUUAUUCGGUAGUUGAGUUUCUCACCAGGAAUGGUGCCAACAUUGAAGCGAUAGAUACUCGACGUGGUCAAACUCCUCUCUGUCAAGCUGCAGAGAAUGGACAUUUUUCGGUGGUUGAGUUUCUCGUUAGAAACGGUGCCAACAUCGAAGCAAGAGAUGAUCUAUAUGGUCAAACACCUCUCUGUCAAGCUGCAGAGAAUGGACAUUUUUCGGUGGUUGAGUUUCUGGUUAGAAACGGUGCCAACAUCGAAGCAAGAGAUGAUCUAUAUGGUCAAACACCUCUCUAUCAAGCUGCAAAUAAGGGACAUUAUUCGAUCGUUGAGUUUCUCAUCAGGAAUGGUUCCAGAAUGGAUCAGGGAAAGUUGACAGUCUAA